CUGCGUCGUUUGCAAGCAAAGGAACUAGCUGAAGCUAGGAAAAAGAAGAGGAAGAAACAUUAUACACUGGAGCAAGAACUUGCCUCACUUUGGGAGAAGAUGAGAGUUCGAGAUAUUAAAAAAGAAGAUAGAUCCAAGCAUGUGAGUGAAGCACUCAAGAAGAUGAAGGGGAAGAUCCCUGAAAUUGCAAGCUCCCAUGUUUCUUCUCGUGUUCUUCAGACUUGUGUCAAACAUUGUACACAAGAUGAAAGAAAUGCUGUGUUUACUGAGCUUCGGCCCCACUUUAUUUCCCUCGUCGGCAAUACUUAUGCAGUUCAUCUAGUCACAAAGAUGUUAGAUAAUGCAUCCAAAGAACAGCUAGCAGAGUUUAUCUCCUCCCUUCAUGGGCAUGUUGCUUCUCUUCUUCGACAAAUGGUCGGUUCACUUGUUAUUGAACAUGCUUAUAGUUUGGGGAGUGCAACACAGAAGCAAGCUCUUCUGAUGGAGCUAUAUUCGCCCGAACUUCAAUUAUUUAAGGAUUUGGUCACGAUGAAGGAGACCAGGUUAGUAGAUGUAAUAGCUAAGCUACAAUUACAAAAGUCAUCGGUAUUACGCCACAUGAGCUCUGUUCUUCAACCAAUUCUUGAGAAAGGGAUAUUAGACCAUUCCAUUGUGCACAGAGCAUUAAUGGAGUACUUAACAGUUGCUGAUGAGUCUUCUGCUGCAGAUGUAAUCCAGCACUUGUCAGGUUCAGGUCUUGUGCGAGUGAUUCACACCAAGGAUGGAUCUAGACUUGGUAGUCUCUGUGUCAAGCAUGGGAAUGCCAAGGAGCGGAAGAAAAUUAUUAAAGGCUUAAAGGGCCAUAUUGACAAAAUAGCUCAUGAUAGAUAUGGGAGUAUGGUCCUUGUCUGCAUUCUUUCGAUUGUUGAUGACACAAAACUUAUAUCAAAGAUCAUCAUUAAAGAACUCCAAGGAAAUUUAAAGGAGCUUAUUUUAGAUCAGAACGGAAGACUUCUUUUCCUACAGCUACUCCAUCCAAAUUGUCCUCGAUAUUUCAGCCCAGAUGAUCUGACUUAUAUGAGUUUAUCUAUUCCAUCUAUCAGAAAUAAGGCAACCUCCUUUUCUUUUAAUGAGUUGACUAGUCUCCUUGAUUCUGUACAUCAUGGUGAAUCAGAUGUGAACUCUGAGGACGAUGAAGCUGUUCAAGAGGAUAGGAACGGUGAAGGCAAAACCUCUGAUGCAAGUAUACAUCUAAAUAAGGGUGGUAAGAAGGAUUCUUUUACACGAAGGCAGGAGUUGUUAGUUAAUAGUGGGCUUGCUGAGAAACUCAUUGACGUAUGCCAUGAAAUGGCAAGGGAGUUACUAAGGUCUAAAUUUGGGAAAGAAAUCAUAUAUGAGGUUGCUACUGGAGGAACUGAUGGUAUACUACAUCCAACUUUGGAUGAAAAGUUAGCCACUUUGCAUGAAGCUAUAGUUUCACUCGCUAUGCAGCCUAAGCAGGCUGAUGCAGAAGAGGAGCAUAUUCUCAAACAGUUCAAUUCGAGCAGGACCACUAGAAAACUUGUUCUUGACUGUCCUGCUUUUGCUUUGACUCCGUGGGAAAAAGCUCUAAAAGGGAAAUGUGCAACCUGGGUCAAGGGACAUAGCUCCAAGGUCAUUAGCGCAUUCUUGGAAACCUCGGAUUCCAAAAUAAAAGAGCUGGCAAAAGAAGAGUUGCAGCCAUUCGUAGACAGUGGUCUUCUCAGAUUACCAGUAGCAGACGAGUCUAUAAAAAAAUGACUAAACCACUAAGGAGGAUGAACAGGAAAGGAGACUCCAUAUGAUAUUGAUGCCCAUACACGUGGAUGACUCAGUCCGAUGAAAAUCAGUUGGUGGUUUCUGCUCAGUCCAAAGAAUUCAUUAGGUUGCAUGUGUUUGGGAAGGUAAAAUUUUUGUACCUGAGAUUGCCUGUAUGGGACGCAAGACAUUUACAAUUUGGGUUGACACCUUGUAACAUUAGUAUGAUAACAGAAAAGGGCACUCAAGUUUGUAUUGUGUUUUAGUUUUAAACGUUUCGGGACUACCGACAGCUUUUUUAUGUUGUUACCAACCUCUAAA